AAAGGCAUCUUUCAAACGGAAUCUAUGGUGGACGAAUAGGGCGUUCCCUCCACCACGCCUCACUCACUCAAACCCUUUACUUUACAUCUGCUUCAUAUUAAUAAAUAAUAUUCAGAUUCAGGUUUUGGAACCCUAGCUCCUGCUUCCUUCAAUGGCACAAGCUUAUGAUGAAGCCAUGGAUGCUUUGUCUUCUCUCAUCACCAAAAAGAGUCGUUCUAGUAAACCAGUUGCUGACCAGAGAUUUGACCGGAUGUUUGACUAUGUUAAGAUUUUGGAUUUGGAGGAGCCGAUUAACCAGAUGAAGAUCAUCCAUGUUGCAGGCACAAAGGGAAAGGGAUCAACAUGUGUUUUCACAGAAGCUAUACUACGCAAUUAUGGCUUUCACACUGGCCUCUUCACAUCUCCACACCUCAUUGACGUUAGAGAAAGAUUUCGAUUGAACGGAGAGGACAUAUGCAUAGAAAAGUUUUUGGAAUAUUUCUGGUGGUGUUGGGAUAGACUCAAGGCAAAAUGCAGUGAUGAUAUGCCAAUGCCAACUUUAUUCCACUUCCUUUCUUUACUCGCUUUCAAAAUUUUUGCAACAGAGCUAGUAGACGUUGCUAUUAUUGAGGUUGGAUUAGGCGGACAAAGGGAUGCGACUAAUGUGAUUCAAUCACCUGUAGUAUGUGGCAUCACACCGCUAGGGUAUGACCACACAGAAAUCCUUGGAAAUACUCUUGAAGAGAUUGCGGGCCAGAAGGCUGGUAUCUUUAAGAAAGGUGUUCCUGCAUUUACCGUUUCUCAACCACCUGAAGCUAUGCAAGUACUAGAACAAAAAGCUUCCCAGUUAGAUGUGUGCCUUCAAGUUGCAAACCAGUUGGAUGGUAAUUUGUUAAAUGGGUUGCAUCUCGGGCUUGCAGGAGAGCAUCAAUACGUUAAUGCUGGACUUGCUAUCAUGUUAAGCUCUACGUGGCUUCAACGGACCGGUCACUCUAAAGUCAACCCUGUAGAUCUGACUAGUCGUUUGCCUGAGCCAUAUAUUAAAGGGUUAACAACCGCAAGUCUACAAGGGCGGGCCCAGAUUAUUGCUGACCGGGCUUGUGAUAAUCAAAGUCAAGGAGAUCUGGUGUUUUAUUUAGAUGGAGCACAUAGUCCUGAAAGCAUGGAAGUUUGCGCAAAUUGGUUUUCUCUUGCAGUUAAAGAAGAUCGCGAACGAGAAAGUUGCUUGAAGGACUCGUCACAGAUAUUAUUGUUCAAUUGUAUGUCAGUGAGGGACCCACAUUUGCUAUUUCCACGACUGUUGGACACAUGUGCCUGUCAAGGUAUUAAUUUCAAAAAGGCAUUGUUUGUACCAAACAUGUCACUCUACACGAAAGUUGGAUCUAGCUCAUCCUCGCUACCGAUUGGUGUUGAAGUUGAUUAUUCAUGGCAAAGGACCUUCAAACCGUAUGGGAGGAUAUCAUACGUAAUAAAAGAGGGCUCAAUGCAUAAGAAAAAAAUGAUGACAUGGCAAUUGGCAACUGACGUGUUGACCAAGAAAUCCGAAAAACUUGACCCGGUUUCCAGUGUGGGUGAAUAUGAUAAUGACACGAGUGUUAUAAGUUGCGAAAACAGUAUGGUGUUCUCAUCCCUUCCGUUGGCCAUUAAAUGGUUACGAGAAACUGUUGAACAAAAUAAGUCUAUUCGACUGCAGGUCUUGGUUACUGGUUCGUUACAUUUGAUUGGUGACGUCCUAAAACUAGUGAAGACAUAAUUGUGACAAAUCCUCUUGCUAUCUCUAUUAUUCUCUAGCAAGAUUAGAACAGAUUAUAUACAAAGAUUCUCAUGUUACUUGUAAUAUACAUUUCGAUUUGUUAAACGAAUGUUUAAUUCUGUUAAUGUGUUUCACAAUGACAAAAGACCAUUUGUUCGGUUUU